AUGAAAGUCACAGAAAAUAUGGCUGCUACGUUACCUGAUGGUGAUUUUGCAAAUGAGGAUGUACUAGUAAACCAAAAAGGAAAAAAAUCGUCUACUUCGAAGGCGUCAAGAAGCAGUAAAUUCAAGGUAAUAUACAGCAUAUCGUUGGUUUAAAGUUUUUAUUUCAUCAUUCUAAUAUUCAUCUUCGAUUCACAGCUAAACUCGUUAUCUAGUGAGUCUGAUCUGUCUGAAGUGCUUGUUUCACUGUUAUAGGAAACCAAACCCAUCCCAGAAGGAUCUAAAUCAAAUUUUUCAGCAUCAGCUUUAGAGAAGUCGAAAUAUACAGCUGGCAGUGAAAGAAGCUUUCUUUUGCUGGAUGAAAAGGAAAAUCUGCAGGUAUUGAUGUUUACAUGAAUUUUAUUUAGAUUUACUUGGGUGUGAAUGAGGAGGGAAAACUUAGUUGCAUAAUAGAAGAAGAAAAAAAUCUCCUUUCAAAUGUAUAUAUAUUAAAAGGACUUACACUCGCGUAGCUUUUCUAGGAACAGUUUGCUGUACUUUCAAAGAUAACCUAAAAUUAGAUUAUUCGUACGUGUUUAUGACGGGAGGUUAGGAAAAGUCAUCAUGCCUUAAAAGGUUGAGUACAUAAGUCGCGAUCGAGUACUCUUUUGAGACCAGUUUUAACUUGCUGUCUUGGGGAUGUGCCUUUCUAACUUAAAAGAACCGUGUUAGAGUUUUAUAAUAAUUAACAAAUUAAAUAUUAAAUGAGACUAAGUAUGAUCUGGAUUAUGCAAAUCUGGGAGGGUGUUAUCUGUUGAUCUGCUUCUAAUCUUAAGAUCAUACAAAAGCCAAAUCUAAGAAAUAGAAAUAAUAUUUACUUUAAAAACACGCCUACUUUGUUCAAUGUUGAGUUCCCAUCCUCAUUAAUUUGCCCGUUACUCAACAAAUUUAUGAUAUGAAGAGAUGCUUUACUAAUCUAGCACUCACUUAAAUGUACAAAUAGCAGUUGUCAUACACCCAGCUGUAUUUUUGUUGUUGCAAAAUGAGCGAAAUUUUCUGCCAUUUUCUCCAGCUCUACCAAAACGACUGAGCUAGCACAAUCUCUCUCCCACGACUUCCUGGUUACCCUACCUUUUUCUGGCAAUAGCCCACACUAUUGACGUCAUCUUACUGAAUAUCGCAAAUAUCUUCCAAAUUUUGUCAAUUCUUGCUGUGCAGAAUUCAAAAGAACUUUUACCUUAAGAAUAAGAUAUUGAGGACCAAAUUGUUUUGAAGACAAUUUUAGGAAUAGCUAAAUUUGUUUUGCCACCAUUUUGAAAUAAGGUUAUGCACUUCCCUCACUAUGAUAUAUCUCUUUCCCCUCCUACCUACCCUUAGAAGAAGCAAACUAAUGUUUUCCCAAUAUAGCAUUUUUCUCAUUAUCAAGGGAACACCUUCAGAUCAGGACCAAUUCAGAGUCAAUAACACACCCAACUUAGAUGUGAAAUUUGGGACCAAGAAUUAAAAAAGUCCAUUGCCAGUGCUUAAUCCCUGUUCCCUUACAUGUACCUCCUCUCCGACUGCUUGUCCAUGUUUGUGCGCAGUGUACUUAAUAUACUUGAUCAAAGCUUUUUCAAAGAUAGAUUUUGAAUAUUGUACCACCAUUAUGCUCAAGUAUCAUUUAGAUAAUGUCUACAUGCAUGUAUGUUAUCAUUGAGACCCUCUCAGGGAAAAAAUUCCGACAAGCUAUAUGCUCUUGAAACGGUAAUAUAAGGCACAUGAAAUAGCAAGAAACAACAUGAAGAUGGUUGUUUGCAAUGAGGAAAAUUGCAAACACAAUAGUAAAAUAUCAACAGCAACAUGGUCUCCUUUUCAGCAUAUGAAAGGACCACUUUUGAAAUUCAGGCUACGGACAUUUGCAUCCCCUCUAUAAGAAGGCCUCUGAUGAACCAGGUACACUGUAUAUUGAUGUCUUGUAGGUGCAUACUGUGGAUGAGUUCAUAUCAAAGCUUUCAUGUCGUGGAGAAACAAACAUGAAGGUGGUUUCCAUAUUUGGAAACACUGGAGAUGGCAAAUCACACACACUCAACCACACCUUCUUCAACAGUGAAGAAGUCUUUGCAACCUCGUCGUCACAGCUUUCGUGCACAGUUGGUGUUUGGGCUGCUUAUGAUAAUGUCAAUCAUGCCAUCAUCUUAGAUACAGAGGGACUUUUGGGUGUGUCUGCCUCUGGGAACCAAAAUCAGCGAACAAGACUCUUGCUAAAAGUUCUGGCAAUAUCAGACAUUAUCAUCUACAGAACAAGAGCUGAGCGUCUUCAUACAGAUAUGUUUACUUUCCUCGGCGAUGCAUCAGAUGCAUAUCUGAAGCAUUUUACAAAAGAGCUCAAGGAUGCCUCAGAAAGAUGUCACAUGGAUGUUCCUCUGUGCAGUUUGGGUCCGGCAGUCAUAAUAUUUCAUGAGACACAGCAUACCCAUUUGCUUGGAAUGUCACAAAAUGAGACUAGUCUUUCAGGUAAAAAAAGUUAAAUAUAUGUAGAACUUAAACAUCAUAUUUUCUUUCUUGAAAUUUAAUAAAUACAUGAUUAUAAAUAGGGGUGACAAAUAGAAAAUCAUAGGGUGUCGAAGAAGACAAGUCUCCAAGCCUAGUUUUAUCGGUCUCCAUAGAGUCAGAGUCUUGAACAUUUUUUGCUGCAAAGGCUCGAAGUUUAAACAGAGGUCUCAUCUACUCAGACUUCUCUUAAAGUCUCAUGUUUUCUCAUCAGUUGGCAACACUACUUUUUGUACUAAAAUGCCACAUUUUUACUUGAAACUGUUAAUUACAUCGCCCGUUCCAGUCCUUUGUUUUGAAUCAUCUUUUCCUUAUUGCUAACUCAUGGAGAAAUAAAUGACUGAUUAAAAGACUUUUUUUUUUUUCAGAAACAAGAAGCGUUAAGAGCCCAGACGAGAUUUUAAAGGAAAGGUUUGCAGAUGUUGGUCGGGUUCCUUAUGCUUUCAGCUCCAUUAAGUAUUUAGGUACAAGAACCAUAUCACCUCCAACAGACUUCACACAGCUUAUUCAAGCUGUGAAGGAGAGUUUGGCCAACAGCUCUGUGCGCUCAUCCCGCUCACCUGCUGUCAUUUUCAAAGCCUUGAUGGUAAUUGUAUAAUAAUUAUAUGUAUAAUUCUUGUUUUGGUAAGGAAUAUGUAAAAUGUUAUGGCUAGGGUUUUCAAGCCAGACCUGUAAAUGUAACACCUGACACAACAGCCACUAACCUUGGCAAUCCACCAUUAUUAAUAAAGCAGAUUUUCCAUGUCUGACCAACUCUACUUAGUGACCAACAUGCACCUCCUAUUAGCAACCAUUUAUCCAAAACACCAAAAUAAUAUUUUCUCUAUCGCCCUAUAUUUGAAACCUCCAGUAUUAACGACCACCUCUCACAAGUGACACUGCAAGCGCUUUAAGGAUGACAGUUUUAGAAUUUUUUAUUGUUUUCAGCUUCUUCUAAGCAACCACCUGAUACAAUGCUCUGUUGUCUGUGUUCUCUGUAUGUAAUACAGUGUACAUUUCACAGAGUGUGAGAAGAACUUGGAGAAACAAAUCGAUUUACCUAUUUAAAUACAUUUUCUCCAAAAAAUAAAUGUGUCUGGAAAACUAAUUCUCGUUGUACAAGUCACCUGCAGUUUGACUCUCAAAGGGACCACCCCCACCAUAAAAGCAACCAUUUUGGGUGAUCAUUUAAGGAAGGUUUGACUGUAAUAAUUAGCAAGGCAUUGGUCAAUGCUUUUGAGUUCCCUCUCAAUUUCUGUUUUCUUCUAAGCUCCUUAAUGAAAAGUUCAAUGGCAACAUUGAAAGAACGAUACCCAACAUGUUUCCUGAUGCAUACUUCACCUGCCAGGCUGCGUGCCUGUCAUGCAAGUAAGUGGCUCACUAUUAUCCAGUGAAGAUAGCCUGCAUGUGUAAACCCUUUUUCUUUUGGUGCAAUAAAGGAUUUUGAUUUUCCAAGCACUCUUCUUGUUUAGGAUUAAGGGUAGAAUGAGAGAGAACUUUCUUCCAUGAAAUUUGGUCUUUCUAUAAGAAACAUUUAGCAAUGCUUUAGAGAUUGGAGAAUUUCUUCAGGAGUCAAUAAACAAAGUUUGGCGUUUGAAGCUUAGCUGAAAGUUGUUUGGUUUUCUGCUGGCUUAAGAGUUUCAUUUAUAGCUAAGUUGCUUGUGAUCGUCCUGUUUCGGGCAAUAAUCGACUAGUUUGCUUCGAAGAUUUUUCUGAUCUUUCUGAUUUUUGUCACUUGCAAGAAUAAAGUAAUGUCUGCGUCCUUCCCUCGACAAAACGUCCACUCUCCAUUGCAAUUUCCUUCGCUAUUCUUGAGCAGUCUAGAGUCAUUGUCAGUUUUGUUUUGGUGGGCCAAGCUGGGCGAGCGUGUUGCAUUGUGAUUUGCAUUAACCCGCCCCCACUGUCGCCCCCACUCAAAUGACUGACAGAAUAGAAAAACCCAAAAUUCCUUCAAAGUUUGCAAAAGGCGCAGCACAAUACGACAAAUUUUGCAGUAAACAGAAAUGACGAAAUGUUAUUUUUCCCUUGUGAAAAAAAUGCUGUUGACAACCUAUUUGUAAAGGAUAUUAGUUUCGUCGUUUCAACAAAUUUGAGAUUAAAAUCUUUUCAAUUGAUACCGAUAUCUGUUCGGUUGCCAUGGUUUCAGUGCACGAUGUCAAAAGAGUAUGAAUCACGAGCAAGAUGAAUCAGUGGAGCAUGAGUGUGAGGGCAAGUGUCAUUAUCAAGCUCAAUACGACAACAGGAUCUUCACCUGUAGAGUAAGUUACACAUUGUUAAGUUGGUUGAUGUGUAGGUGUAACUAGCAUUACAUUACAUUUACAUUACAUUACAUUUUAUUUUAUUGUGUUUUGAAGUAAGAGUACAAUAACAUGCCCGCGGGUAGCUAAGCUAAUCUAGGCGGGUCAUGUUUACAGAAAAUAAACUAAAUACAGCUAAAAGUAACAAGAGAACUAAAGAAACUAAAAUUGACAACAAUGACUAGAGACUACUGAUAAACUAAUGGUAUUACUAAUAAUAAAUGACAACAGUAAUGACAAGAGACUACUGAUAAACUAAACGAUAUUAAUGAUUACAUAUCAACUAAGAGGAAAAUAAAUUCAGCUUAACUUAAUAAUAGUUAAAUAAAUUCAGCAAGCCUCGCGAGAACGCGUGUUCUCGCGAGACUCGCUUCGCUCGCCCAAAUAGGAGAGCUUGCUCGCAGGCUAAGGUGUAAACAGCAGCAGAAUAGGCGUUUGAUUUUUCAGGCGAGCGAGGGCAAACACGAGGUGGUAGUGGGCGAGCGUAGAGCACCAGACACGUGUGACUUAAGGGGGACACUUCCGUCGGGCGUGUCUUGCACCCCUCGCCCGUUUCGCCUGGCGCUUGUCGUCGCUUUUCUGAAACAUAAGAUGAGAAGCAAAUUGGACGGGGUUUGUGGGUGGUUACGAGUCUAAUAUCUGCAAAGAGAAGUGAGAUCGAUUUAAGAUCUCAGAUGUUCUUCCAUCCGUCCGUUUGGUCAUUUGUUAAUUUAGUCAUUUUCAUUCAUUCAUUUAUUUGUUCAUUUAGAUGUGUUAUGAAAGAGGAAAGCAAGUUGUGGUGAUUCCUAAAAUGUGUUCAUCUAAUGACUCCGGAUGGCUUGGUUUCGCUAAAUAUGCCUGGUCCGGGUAAGAUUGAACCUUUUCUUACCAUAAAUAAUCUCCAUUGAACCUCACUUCUUGAUACUACUAGCUUAGACUCCUCUUACUCAACCUAAUUUUUGACCGUUUACUACCCAACCUUAUUAUUAUUUUGCUAGAUCCGGAUGUCCCUCGUACACAAAAGUGCGUCAGUUUGUAGCGCGUAUAAAUUAAGUGCCUGGCCCACUCAAAUUCAACUGAUGUUAUAGACUGAAGCAUUUAUUUUUUGUAUAUGCUAUAUGAUACUUCAUAGUCAUUAUUCAAAGCGCUCUUGUUUAUUAAAGGUAAUAGCCGGAGACCUUCAGAUUCGAAGACGAAGACGAUUACAAGAAGAAAAUUUGACUUAGAGUUUUUUUUGUUUUUGUUUUUGUUUUUUUUGGCAUUUUCUAAAAAAUGGAUACCCCGGCCCGCAUGUUCUCUUUACUUUUUUGUUCAGAAAAGUUAACACCGUGACGGUGAUUUUAUUGAAGGAGGUUGCACCCUCUCCCGGUCGCAUAAUGUUUUAACUUCUAACAUUACGGAAACAAUUUAUAGCUUGUUCCCGUCACCAUGACAUUCUCGUAAAACCCGUACUAGAAUGAAGGCGGCUAUCGCGUUUUGCCGCAAACUGGUUCACGCGCGCGCACUCAUUAGUAUCGAGAAAAUUCGUUCUCGACUAGUCGUCCUCGUCAUCCCUAAGGUCCCUAUUGUUACAGGAGACGAUUUGCGACGACAAUUUUCUAGGGCAACAUCGUUGCAACAAUGUUGUGACGAAGUGAAACAUUGUCGCAACAAUGUUUGCAACGCUGUGAUGAACUGAAAAUUGUCGUUGCAAAUCACCCCGUGUAACAUUUCCUUAACAGAGUCCAAUACGUUGUUUUGUAGGUACGUCCUCGAGUGUGUUGAAUGUGGUGUCAUAUAUCGCAGCAGACAGCACUGGUUUGGUAAUGAAGACCCAGUUAACACGGUUGUUAGGACCGAGCUCCGCCACGUGUGGCCUGGGGUGAGCCAUCGUUGAAUAAAAUGACUUCUGUAGUAACAAACAAGUAAAGCAAACUUUAGAAAAAAGAAACACGUAGUCGUCGAUCACGGUACGUCCUUUCAAACACAUAGUCGGGGAAAUGGACUGCAAUUAAACCUGGAAAACAGUUAUUGCUUGACAAUUUACAACGUUUACUUGACGAGAGCAAACCUGCCGGCGCAUCAUUUUGCGGAAUGCAUCAGUCAAUUCCAGCUGCGCCCGGCCGCUGACCCCCCGGGCAUUAGCAUUUUUUUUUUUUUGCCUUGGAUGGCAAAUUACCGGGGGGGUGGGGACUCUUGAGCUAUCAAAUCCCCCGGAUUGGGGACAAAAAAAGAGGGCGAAUGCCCCGUCCUCCGUCAACACUGCAACAUUUUUCAUUGAUCGCACAGUCGAAUAGUGCCGUUUUAAGCAUUUUAAUGUGCGAUUUUUUGUUUCAAUUAACGUCUUCCUUUGUAAUAGCGCUAGGAUUCUAAUUAAGACUUCACGCCGCGACGACAUGCACCAGUUUAUAGCUUUAGUAUUGAUGUAAAAUUAUUGACAUUAAGAUCAAUAGAGCGCUGUAAAGUUAUAUAUUAUGAAUAGUUGCAUGGGAAAUGUUUCUCUGUUUAUCGCAUCUUUCUGCCUUUGAAAGAGCAAGAAAAUAGGACAAAAACGUUAAACACGUCUCAAGAUACUUGUCAACAAAGUUAUCACUUGAAUGCAGUGUCGAUCGAUGUGGUUCCCUUUGCCGAUCAAACGCUUAGAUUACCAUUAUCUUGCUAUUAUUUUAGGAGAACGUUUCUCCGCUGGACAGUGGUAAUGCGGCGCGGCGCCUUUUGGAUAACGUCAGUUAUGUGACCGACGCGUUCAGCAGUCUCAGUACUCCAUCAAGUAGAGCGCUGACCAACUGGAUUACGGACCAAGUGGCACCAGACUACUGGAUUCCCAACUCAGAAAUUUCUGUACGUAUCACCUGAAGGACACAUUGUAGCGUGUCCUGUAGUCAUACGACUGUAAAUUGAUGCAGCAGAAGUUGAUUUAGCGGGAAUGUCCGAAUUUGAAAUGGUGUUUGAGACUACAAUUGGCGACAAAAUUUUUGAGACACUGUCUUCCAUUGGGGUAACUUCAGAGAACAAAAUAAUCCACAUCCUUUCCCCUCCCCCUGCCAUCCAUUCAAAGUUGGGGUGUUUGUUGUUUUCUAUAGGUAGGCUCGAACAGCGGCACAACAUUGAAUGAAGGGGAUGGGGGAGGAAAAGCUUUAUUUCGUCCUUUUGAAGUCGGCAAAACGUCAGAAUGAUGGCCCUUUAGAGCAAAGUGUCUCAACUAAUUUUGUUGCCGAUUGCAGCUUACAUUGAGAGUGACAGAAUAUGUAGUUUCAGCGGAGUGAAAGGCAACGAAAAAGUUUUAGUAGUCUGCUUCAGUUUGUGGAACUUACUUGACAUGAUGACGUCUUUGCGAACUUCUUCAAUCGAUUGCAGCAUUCUAUGGGCGUUACUAAAACGCCGAAUUUUCUGUUUAUUUUUCAAAGUGGAGCACAAGGCCUACGGUUUCUAAAUAGACCUUACUUAUUCUUCGGUCGACAAAUCUUUGAGUGUAGAAUGUCGUUUAGAAAGUGGACAGUAAUAAGUAUUUGCAUUCGUGUUUGGAAAUGCAAUUAAAAGGGAAGUUUCUAGUCCAAGUUCUUCCCAGAAAUUCCUCUUGUCGAAACGGCAGACGAUAAAACAGUCACUGUGAUUAAAUAGGAAAUUCGGACUACUACACUGGAUAAACGUGCAUGCAAUGGUAUCAGCUUACAAUGAUUCACCUCCGCAGAAUCCUGCCUUAUAUUGCCACGUCUCCGUGCAACUGUUAAUGUCUGAGAACCGUCAAACAAUAAGGAGGAACUUUUACACGACUGGGGACGCAAGCAUAGAGCGAAAACUUUUGAACGCCGCAAGGAGAAAUCUGUUAACGGGCUAUGCGUUUGACUUGUACUCUCUCAGUUUCAGACUUCAUUUCUUGUUUGUUUGUUUGUUUUUUCUCCUAGGCAUGCCAAGAAUGUCAUCACGUGUUCGCUGACGGGGAGACCAAACACCACUGUCGCGCUUGUGGUGGUGGAGUCUGUGGUGAAUGCUCAACCAAUAAGAAACCUGUCCCAGAGCGAGGCUGGGGUCAGACGCCUGUGCGGGUUUGUGACCGCUGCUUUGGAAAAUCGCCGUCGACAAUUGAGAUGCAGCCCCAACCGUCUUGUAACUUGAGGUAAUAUUUGAGAUACAUCCUUCUUUCAAAGGAGUUUCAGUUGUUUAAAACUCAACAACAACAACAACAAUCUUUAUUGUGCUCUUGAUACAAAAAGUGUUAAGACAUUAAAAGGAAAUAAUUGUGAAAAAAACGAGAGUACAGCCACUCAGAAAUAGCAAGAGCUAAUCGCGCUGAGUGGCUGGGCCAUGCGGAAAAGUAACUAGAUAUCAAAGUUGUUAUAAAUAAACAAAUUCACAAAAAGACACACAAAGAAGAAAUAUAUAAGCUGUGAUAAAUAAGCAAAUACACAAACAAAUAAACAAAGAAGCAUGACGAAAACAACGGAAAAAAAUGAAAAAAACACGACGAAAAGAGGCAAAAAUUAAGAGAUUUCGUCGCUAAAUCACUCUUCAUCUUGCUCGCUGACCGCUGACUCAGGUUUGCGACUCUGGAGUACUUAACAUGUACAUGGGAAAACCGGAAAUACCGGUUGGAAAAUCAAAUGGUUCGUGCAAUUCCGUUUGGGAAGCUUUAAAAAACAUGGUGUAUAGUUUGAGGCAAUAAAAUUUUUUUUAGCCUGUUCAGCUGAUAGCGGAUCGUUCUCCCACGAAGUCAAAUUUUAUUUUAUUUGUGCACGAGAUUUCCACCCAGGUGGUUUGUUUAAGAGGUAAGCAACUUAGGGAACUGUUUUAACAAGGGAAAAAAUGAACGUUUUUGUUGCCUGAUAAGGGUGUUACUGCCCGCAAUACACUACGACACAGGUUCGGUAUCGUGUUCCCACUGGCAACAACUAUAUAUAUUACAACGAUGGCUGAACAACAUUUCUAUAAGAAAAGAGUGUCGUCGUUAUCAAACGUUAUAGCUUGCGAAAGAUGAGAAGAGAUUUUUAAAAAAUCGUAUUUUUUUCUCUUGAUUCAGUGAUUUGUCAGACGCGCUAGACGAGGAAACGCAUCAGGAAUUAGUUUACCCACAAGGAGAUCAGACAUUAUAUUCCGACCAGCCGUUCGGUCCCGUAGCUGCUCGUAAAGUGACUGAGGUCGUCCAAUCAGCAGUGGGGAUUUUAAAAACUGCAAUUGAUUAUCCCAGGGAAUUGAUCACCGACGCAGCUAGACCCGGCUACUGGGUACCAGACUCCGAAAUUUUAGCCUGUAGUUGUUGCAACUCCGAGUUUAAGGAGACUGAUGCGAAACAUCACUGCCGUGCCUGUGGUAUGGGCGUCUGCAGUAAGUGCUCAGAGAGUAGGAGGCCUGUGCCUUCAAAAGGAUGGGAUCACCCUGUCAGGGUCUGUGAUCAGUGUGCUUCGAAAAAGGGACAACUUUAGAUGAACCGUCAUUUUAUUUCAGGAUGACGAUAAGUUGUCCGAUCCAAACAGUUGUUUCCAACCGAGCGUGGAAAGAAACUUCAAGAUCGCUUUACUUUUGAAUUGGUGCUUUUUGUUGAAACGAAAAACUCAACAUCUUUCUCAGCCUAUCAGAUGGAAAGUCAAACACAAGUAUUACU